GCGAUAUCUCGCCGGAGGACGGCGUCAUAGGUGCGUUUGGUCUACGGUCGGUCGGGUAGCCUCGAAAUCGUGCGAAACUAUUGGAUAGAGAGCGAGCGAUUGGUCGUGCAGCGAUCAAGGAGGGUAAAAAUGCAGGUUGAAAUUUAAGAAGAGAGCGACGGCGACAGUCAUGCACAGGAGCGGCGACGCUACCACGUGAGAUCCUGUCAUAGAUGAGAUAUCUGUCCGACGUGAGAGACGUCGCGAGUGCACCGCUCCGACCGCACCGGCCCGCGAGAAAGGAUGUACUGCCUACAGUGGCUGAUCCCGGUGCUGCUGAUACCGAAACCCGUGAACCCGGCGCUCCUGCAGACCCACGUCAUGUUCAUGGCGCUCUACCUGAUCGGCUUCUUCCUGGAGCGCAAGCCCUGCACCAUCUGCAGCCUGGUGUUCCUCGCUGCUGUCUUCCUAAUUUGCUACAGCGGCAGCGGCAACUGCCUGCUGUGGAGCACAAAUUGCGAUACAGUAAGAUGCGACAACGGUUAAGGUUGUCGCGCCGCGUUCCCACAAGAUCCGACAAUUGUCCUCCCCUCCCUGUUGUUGUUGAUUUCCUCAUGUCGUCCUUCCCAUCCUGUUUUCGACCGAACGCUUGAAAGUAGCCCUUCGACUCGCGCUGUUCGCGAUGCGAUCGCGUAGAUAGCACCAUCAUUUAUCUAGGUUUAAGAGACAGGUUGAUUCGAGAAGCCCGGGGACGAUCUAUCCGCGAAAAUUGUUGGUGUCAUGUUAGACAGUUACAUAUCGACUAUAUAUAUAGACUCUGAAUUAUAGAAAUCCUAAGUAAGGAAUUUGUAAUGACAUACAUUCGACGAUAUUCGCGCAUAGAUCUUAGAAUCCCGGUUGCGUGCAUCAGCAUUGGCGAGAUCUCAAGGAUCCGGGGUGACCGGAGGUUCUCUACUUGCUACACGAAUCGCGAGAAAAAUUAGCUGACGACGUAUUCCUUUUAUACUUGCAUCUCGACUUUUCAACGGAUUCCUUGCAAUGUCUUCUAUAUGAUAUUGGUAGCGUUGUGAUAUAAGAAAUUAUUUUUCUGAAUCAUUGAUUCUUCCUAGUGCGGUGUACUCUGAGCAGCGUAUCCGUAAUUAUACGAAGCAACGAUUUGUCUUGUUAAACCGCUCGUUUCGGAAUACGAUACCGAAAAAUCGUGAAAAUUGUAGACACUACCUGUUGAUUAAACCUGAGAAUACCUUA